AUGCAUCUCGACGAUCUUUUUAAAUUUAAUGCGUUGGUUUUUGAUCCCUUCACGGAGGUCUAUCGCCUCAGCUUCUUCCUGCGUCAUCUGGCCCAGUGGCCCGAUCUUGCGUUGGCUGCUGUAUCGCCCGAUGGCCAGUUGGCGGGCUUCAUAUUUGGCAAGUGCUUGGACGGGCUGAGGGACCACACUGAGCUGCAUGGUCAUGUCUGCGCCUUGACUGUGUCCUCUGAUUAUCGUCGUUUAGGCGUCGCCUCUCUCCUUAUGAACCACUUUGGGCACAUGUUGGACCUAAAGAAUGCCUGGUAUGUGGACCUGUAUUUGCGCUGCAGCAACCAGGCCGCCUACAAGCUCUAUUGCAACCUGGGCUACUGUCUGCGGCGUGUGCUACUUGAGUACUAUCCCGGCGAUCCGGAGGAGGAUGCCUUCGACAUGCGUAAGCCGUUGUCGAUCGAUGUGGAACGCUUAACCUUAGCGCUCGCCAGCCGGCAGUCAGUCCGCCUGCCCCCCGACGAGGAUAGUGACGACGACUACAGUUAG